AUGGGCGCCAUAUCUGGACUCAUCAUGAUCACACCUUCGGCAGGUUUCAUCGAUCUACCGACAGCCUUCUUCUUCGGGGUGCUCGGUGCACUAUUUUGUCGUCAAGCGCUUCGCAUCAAGUUUAGCGAGUUCGCUCGGCGCUGGAGAUGGGUUGAUCACGGCGACACCUUUGCGACACAUUGCCUUGGUGGAAUUUUAGCAACGAUUUCGACAGGCUGCUUUGCUCAGAAAGAAGUCGCUGGGUAUGAUGGAGUCACAGAAAUUGUUGGUGGAGUAUUCUUCGAUGGGAACGUACGCCAGCUCGGUAUUCAGGUUGUGGAGGCUCUCGUCGGAUUUUCAUGGUCUUUCAUCGGAAGCUAUGUUAUGUACGCGCUCAUUGACUGUGUGCCGGGCUUCGAAGUGUUGGCUGAAGACAAGGACAUCAUUGCAGGCCUGGAUGCAAGCCAGAUGGACGAAGAAACGUUAUGGACCGAAACACAGAAGUACUAUCCCUAUGCCGAGCGCGAAGGCGAGUUGCAUCUCGAAUGA